AUGGUCUGUCGUAGUGGUACAACACAAGGUGAAAUACUCGUCGACAACAUCGACUGUUGGGGAUUACCCAUGGGUGAACAGAGAUAUAUCUACAUUUCUGACUACGUAAAACAUGAAGUAAGACGAUAUCAACUGAGUGAGAAGAAUGGCACUCUCGUAGCUGGUGGUAAUGGUAAAGGUAAUGGACUCAGUCAACUCAACGAUCCGAGAUAUCUCUUUGUCGAUCGACAACAGAAUGUAUACGUAUCAGACAACAGCAAUCAUCAUGUAAUGAAAUGGAAUAAAGGUGCAAAAGAAGGUAUUGUGGUCGCUGGAGGACAAGGUCGAGGAAAUGCUCUGACAUAA